AUGGGUAAACUAACGAGAGCAAUGAGUGGACGGUUGAAAGUCUUUUCGUAUUUGAUGACUUUUGGGUUCCUGGCUGCACUUGGCUGCGCAUUGUACUUCGGACUUUAUGACGACGCGGAAGAUAUUGCUGUUUUCAACUUCAAGAAACCAACAAAUCAUGAAGUCGAGCUCGAUGAGCCUAACGGCCUCAUUCAACCCUUCAAGUACAUCGUCUUUACUGACCCACAGCUUGGCCUUCGAGAUGCUGUCGAGGGAAAUGAUGGAACUGACUGGCGAAAAGAUUUGGAAGCAAUUGAAUUAUUUGGCGAACUGAGCAAGAAUCUUGAACCUGAGUUCAUCGUCUGUGACGGAGAUCUAAAUAAUGCCUAUCCAGUUGUUCGUAAUCCUGACGAUGAUCCAGCUUUCAAACCUCUCUAUCGACCUCCACAGACUUUUGACUUGCAAACUGCCUUUCAAAAAUCACUCGCUAAUGAUAUCCCAACUUUUAUGCUCGCUGGAAACCACGACUUGGAAGAACCAAACCCCGACAUUAUGGACGCAUAUCAAAAAGUCUGGGGAGAGAGCUACUUCUCCUUCUGGAAUCGAGGACACUUAUUUGUCUCCGUCGAAACUCAGUUUUAUCGAUCAGAAGAUCCAGAAACUGUCCCUCUUAUGAACGAACACAACAAAUGGCUUGAAGAUACUCUCGCCUCAACGGAUGCAUUCAAGACAGUGUUCCAGCACGUGCCUCUCUUCAUCGACAAUUCCGAAGAAACUGACUCGGAGUUCUUCGAAAAGUCCGUACCGCUCGAGCACCGGAAAUACUUGUUGGAUCUCUAUUGUCAGAAUAAUGUCAAAGUCGUUAUCUCUGGACACACACAUUUCACCCACUUUCCAGCGGAAUACGAAUGUGCAAAUGGGCAAACUGUGAAACAAGUGAUCAUAACAUCGAUUAGUGCUCAGUUGGAUUGGGUAAAUGAAGCCGGAAAGCAUUUUCCCGAAGGGCUUGAUGGACAUGGUGAGCCUGAGUUCCUGCUAGUCACUGUAAACGGUGAUAUAAUGGAGUUUCAGAUGAUCAAAAUGUGA